ACUGUUGACAUGGGCUCAGUUGAGGAGUACAGUGAAGUCUAAGUGCGUGGUGCCUUAAACAUUGCAGUGCAGCCUACAGCAUCACAAAAAGCUCAAGACCAUAAUGAAAGUCGGGCUCGCGACUUUAUUUGUCUUCGUAACGUACGUAUGGAUAGCUGUAUGUGCCCCGCCGACAUGUUACUCAAGAGUGUUAGGGCUAAGUAAGGAAAUAAUGGAUACGUUACACAAAUUACAUAAACAUCACCGCACGAAGGACUGCGCCGAGGUGUUGCCAAAGCUGUUUAUAGACGUGCACAAUUCCUGCGUCAUGCCUAAACUCAGAGACUUUCUUUACGUCGUGGAGAAUCUACCCACACCUCACUGCAGAGCGCGUCCUAGAGUCGCUGUCCUGCGGCGCAAAGUCCGAAACUUAUAUACCAUCAUCAACAGAGUUUGCUACCGUGAUCUCGUGUAUUUCACCGAUGACUGUGAGGCUAUAGAGACAGGACACAGCAGUCCACGAUACGGAGAAGACAGACUUCAAUUGUUAGAAGAGAACUGAGUAAACAUAUUUACUUCCGUGCUGACGAAACUUUUAAACUUGUAUGUUGUAUCUAGGCCUAACACAAAACUAGAGUAAAGUAGAUGUAAGUUAACUGAAAUAAAACAAAACACAAAUAUUCCUUGAUGAUUUAUUCCCCUUGGUAGUGAAAACUUUCCACAGGAAAUGCUCAGAAUGCCAGCCAUUCCAAUGAAAACCUUAAAAUAAUAAACCAUGGCAUAAUAUUUGCUUCCGCUGAAUAGUCCACUUACACACACACACACACACACACACACACACACACACACACACACACACACACACACACACACACACACACACACACACACACACACACACACACAUAACGUUAUGCUGCUCUAUUCAUUCACUUCUAUAGCCUACAUGUCUGUGAAAGUGCCAGCAUGAAGUCAUGCCUUCAUGUUGGUUUUCCCAUUCAAAAUGUACUUGUCCUCCUACAUGCUGAUAUAGCCUUGAUCUUCUGGUUACAUUAUAUGCUGCAUAUAUGCUGAUAUUUGUAUUUUACAGUGUAUCUGUAUUAAAAAUCUUUUUUUCAGA